AAGUACACGUUGUCUCAGCGGCCCAACAAACCGUUAACGAUGCUCCGGCGACACUUCCGUUGUGCAGCUUCUGCACGAAAAAUGGUUUCCUUUCUCCCAUGGGUUCCAAGGCGCCUCUUCAGCGCCGAAGUCUCCAAAACCCACCAGCAUCACCGUAACUGGACCAUAAAGCAAGUCACCAAGUCGAAUUUCAGCGAGACUCUGGAUGGAAUCAAAUCUCACAUCUCAACUUCUGAUUUCAUAGCCGUGUCUUUGCAGAAGACAGGCUCCUUCUCUGCUCCAUGGCACCGUGUCUCCCCUUUCGACACUCUUGAUACUGCUUAUCUGAAAGCCAAGCAUGCUGCUGAGCGCUUCCAGGUUCUUCAGUUCGCUGUUUGCCCCUUCACUAUCACUGGGUCUGAAGUCACCGCCUAUCCGUAUAACUUUCAUCUGUUCCCCAGGGAUGAAUUGAAAAUGGGGAUGCCUUCUUACAGUUUUUCUUGCCAGACAUCACAUUUAAUUUCUAUGGCUAGAGAAGGUUUUGAUUUUAAUGCUUGUAUAUAUGAUGGCAUAUCAUAUUUGUCCAGAGCACAAGAAUCUGCAGCAAAAGUUUUUAUGGGGAAUCCAAUAUCUGCUAAUAAUAUGGUAGAGUCUAUUGCUACUCCUUCUGUUGCUGAUACUGUUUUCAUUCAAAGGACUAGAUCACGUGUUAAGCAUUGGAAAAAUACAUUUACAGAUUCAACCACAAUGACUCAUGGUAAGAAAAUUAAAGAUUCUACUUAUUUCUUCCUAUUUUCAACUUCGUUAUGGGUUUACAUGUCAGUUUCAGAUGCUCUGGUGAGAUCCCUGAGAAAACUCGUGUUAGGGAGUGAAGAGUGUCAUUCACGACCAUGCAUGAAUAUAGAUGUUUGCAGUGAACGACAAGUGCAACUGGUAAUUGAGAUGUUGCAAGAAUUUAAUGAUGAUCUUGUCCCUCUAAUAAUUCCAGCAAAACGUGGAGGAACCCAGUUAGUCCGUGUUGUCUUAACAAGUUCAGAAGAAGACAAGGAACUUCUUCAGAGGGAGCUUCAAAAUGAUGAAGAGGUACAAACCAAGAGAAUCCGUGGCUUUCGAGAGGUGAUCGAUCUGAUUUCUGCUUCACAGAAGCCUGUUGUCUCCCACAAUUCCCUUAAUGAUUUUACAUUCAUCCAUUCGAAAUUCCUAACUCCUCUACCUACUAACAUGGAGGAGUUCACGAGUUCCUUGCGCUUAGCUUUUCCUCAGGUAAUAGAUGUCAAUCAUCUGAUGAAGGAAAUUAGCCCUCUGAGAAAAGUGAGAAAUAUACCGAUGGCUACUUCAUACUUGAAGAAUCUGUUCUUUGCUCCUGUUGAUGUGGAAAUUCCGUUUCAAGCUUGGGCAAAUGAAGGCAAGAUUCAUGGGCAUAAUGUUGUGAGGAUUUGUCAAUUGUUUGCCAAGUUGUGCUAUAUACUCAAACUUGCUCCUAAUUCUGUCGAGUCCAAUGACAAAAAUUUAGCUGAAGCCCUUAAAUCCUAUGCAAACAUUUUCAAUCCAUAUUCCUCUGUCCCCCAAGAACCAAUUGAUGAGGACAUCAAAAUUUGGACUAACAGCACAAUAAAAGUAAGCUGUGAGGAUUUGGUUUUCUUGUGGGGCUUCAGAGACAUGACAGCCGGCACGCUGAAGAGACUGCUUCAAGAGUCUCAUAAAGUUUUCUCUGAGGAAUUUGAUGUUAGAUUAGUGGACAAGAGCUGUGCCAUUGUGGUUUUCAGACAACCUGGUUUAUCUAAAACCUUUAUGGAUGUCCUGAAUGAUGAUUCGGACAUUGUUGGACCUUUAAGGGAGAUGGUCUCGGAAGGCGUAAGAGCUGCGGGUUAUGAGACUUACAACAGAGCUUGCAGUUUGGGUUUAUGGGAUGCAUAUUUAGGAGAUGCUCUAGACAAAGCCAUGGCAGGUCUUGAUUACCCUUUAGAAGCUGAUUCUAAACCAAAGUCACCAGGCACUUACUGGUGCAAUGAAUGGGUUAUCGACUUGGAUGAGCUCUGAGGUAUCAAAUUCUAAUUCUUGAAUGAGAAACAGUGUUGCUAAUGAGAAACUGUGUUGCUUUGAAUUGCAAAUUCACAGACAUCUUGAGUUUUACAUUAUUUGAUUCAAGAAAUUAAUACAACAGCAAUCUUGUUUUUCC